CAAUUAUUUAUUUAUGGUCGUUCUUGCUUGGUGAGGUUGUAUCGACAUUUACGUAAAUAAAUCCAUCUACAAUGUGUCUUCCUUCAUUGAAUACACCAUAAAUAGAUGAGGUUAUAUAUAAAACUUUAAUGAACCCCAGGGGAAAGUGGAUCAUGGCAGCGGUAGAGAGGAUAUUGGUAAGAACAAACAGAAGCGGCUUCUAAAGGCACCAGAGAAAAAAUAAAUGAUACAAAAAUACGCAAUGUGAAUGUAUUUUCUUUGAAUAGUGGAUAUACUGCCAACUGUAUUAACAUUCAAUAGAUGCAAUCCUUCAUACUAUAACGUGAACUCAUGUUUGCAGUGUACAGAUUCAAAGAAAAAAUCACAGUGUGUGUAAAAUGUGCAUCAUUCCAGAUGGAGGAAAGUAGGCACACUAGUAUCUCUCAAAAUAUGCAAAUGCAUGAUGUCAAAGUCAUAUCCUGUUAAUUUGGAGGACACAUAUUUAUAGAUGCACCUCAAACCACAUAUUCAGUUACAUAACCAAAUUAUGAAGAAUUAACAUUCAAAGCUGCACUUAUUCGCUGCCCUGCAUGCUCCCUUUUCUCCAGGAAUGGAAUAUUAAGCACAAAGGGAGAAGUUGUCAAAUACCUCUGGGUCUUCAUGAGGGGAGCAGGUCCUAGAGAAAGAAGGCAUGGCUUACAUUUCAUAACUUCAUUAGGUGCAAUUAUACAGUCUCUUUCCCACUAAUCAUCAAAAUAAUACCUCUGAGUAAAAUGCCUCAUAGAACCAGCUUCAGAUGAACAAAGCACUAAAUUCUCCUUUGUUAAUUUGACAUAUAGGUAUGUGUGAAAUUAUGCUCAUCGACCUACUAGUGUAAAAAAAGUGUCAAUCACACUCUCACGCUCCACCGCUAUAUGCAACAAUACUCUGUGUUUUAGACUUUCCGUGCCCUGAGUCAGGUCUGCCAGGCAAGCUGCUACCCUUGUUGCGCAGUGGAUUCGACGCAGCCUCGUAAACUGGACGACAGCCGAAAUGUUUUUGUGAAUUCUUGGGUUCUUGUGACGGCAGCGACAAAUGAGACACAAAACCGAGACAACUAGUAUCCUGCCAGACAAUGUCCAGGGAGUCUAAACCAGUAUAGUCUCAAUUUUCCCAUGAUGCACUGCGCGCUUGUAACGUUUGACACUUGGAAGUUGAUAAAACAUGUUAUUGGAAGACUUGGCAUAUCUAGAUUCUGAUUCUGUAGCGAAAUGCACGUUUAACAUCAACAGUUCGCUUGGUGAAAUAGCUCUGAGUUAGCAAAGAGCUUGUAGUGGUAACGUUAUACUGUAACUAAGGAGACCUCGAUUGACUUUAGCGGCGGGAGAAUAAACGUGACGUUAAUACAGCACCCAAGAGCAUCUUACCCGAGUGUCAGGUUUGGGCAGCCACUGGUAGUCUAUCUUUUAAACAUGGAGAGACAUAACUUUGGGAAAGAGAGGCUAAUAGUUCCCACUGAUUUUACCUCAUCUGCUGUUUCAAGGAAUAUCCAUGAUGACCUGGUACCCCCAUCGCAUUUCACAUCAAGUCUGCAGUCUGCUGGAGCACACGGAGGCGUUCAAAUGGCAGUGACACCGCCUCCUAACCCUUGGAUUAACCCAGGUAUGAUGCCACUACAAUCAGGGGUUCCCAGUCCCAACAAUCAAUGGCUCGCCAUCACACAGGCCCGACAGGAAAACUUUGAUCUUAGAAGGGAAAAUCACAGGAUCAUGAUGUUACAAGGAGACGGCGUAAGAGGAAGGAACCCUGUUGAUCACCAGUCGGACCUUAGGCCAAGUUGUGCAGAAGGAGGAGCGCAGCGGUCCAGAUGGGAGUCUGAGUGGCGUUUGGAGGCAGAGAAGUACAAGGCCGAAGCUGAGAGGUUAAAGGGGCAGGUGGAAGCCCUGAAGGAGACAGCAGGGAGACACCGGGAAGAGAUGAGAGACAGAGACAGCUCCUUGAACAGAACCAGCCAUGAAUUGGAAGCAAUCCGUGAAGAUCUAUGUAGGGCUAAGACUGAAAUCAGCCAAAUCCGAGGGGAGCUCACUCACAGCAUUGCACAGAAGGAAGAAAUACGCUCACAGCUCGCAAGACUAAAGAAAGAAUCUGGUGAAGAAAUUACAGAGCUGAGAAGAGACUUGAUGAGCAGCAAAGCAGAAGCCCAGGAGCUCAGUCUAAAGGGUGAAAUGGGGAGGUUACAGGCUGCAGCGGAUGCCAAACAGCAGAUUCUUACACUGUCUGGACACUUGGAGGAAAUACAGAAGAGGCAUAAAGUGGAGCUGCUAGAGUUGAACAAUUCCCAUUGUGCAGAGUUGGGUGCAGCAAGAAGUUCAAACCGUGAACUACAGGACAGACUAGAAUCGAUGACCUCUGAAGGGUUACAGCUAAAAAGCACUCUGAUGGAGGUAUCUACUGAGAGAGAUGGACUGAAAGAACAUUUAAGCCAAAUGGGACAAGCGUUUGAGACACAAUCGGCAACGCUGAACAGCCUCAGAAAUUACAUCGGCCAGCUCGCCCCGGAGAAAGGAGAGAAGGAACAAUUAAACGAAGCUGUUAAGAAGCUGAGAAAAGAGAAAGCGGCUCUUCAGAUGACCACAGAGCUUUUGACAGUCCGGUUUAAUUCUGUGAGUGAGAUACUCACCCUUCAAGAAGAGAAAAUAGUGAAAAAGACGUCCACAGAUUCGCUUGUGAAGAAUGAAUCAGAAGGCCUUCAAGUGCUCCGGCUCUGGAGGGACAAAGUGUUUAAAUUAUGCGUCCAACUUCGCUCAAAGGACAUUGAACUAAGAGGGGAAAAGGAUGAAGUUCUUUCAAAAGUAAAGCUCCUCGAGCAGGAGCUCCAGCAGGAGCAGCACCGAGCUAAUGUGCUCCAACACAGUCUAGAUGACAGGAUAGCUGAGCUGGACCUGGAGAGACUGGAAAAGGAGACAUUGAAACGGGACUUGGUGCUGGAGCAACAAGACAACUUACAGCUUAAGUCACAGAGGGAGAGAGAAGAGGCUGAACUGAAAUCCCUCACAGAGGCAGUUCGUAGGUUUGGUUUGGCAUUUGAAGGCAAAGUGGCAGAAAUGGACACCGCUCAAGCAAGGCUCAACACUCUCACCCAGAGGCUAACUUUCGCUAAAAGACGAGUGGAGACGAUACAAGGUUUGACCAUGAGGAGGGUGGCUCUGCAGAAAGCUAAGCAGGCCACUGGGCCUGGGACAGAGCAAACUGAUGACAGCAUCACAGACCUUCAGGCGGAGCUUAGUGGGGUGUGUGAAGAGCGAGACAAGCUCACACAGGAGCUCAAAAGAACCCCUGAGCUCAUUGAGAAAGCUCUGGCUGACCUGAAAGAACAGUAUGAAAGCAAACUGCGGCGGCAGCAGCAGCAGCUGGAGCAGAGCUGGGCGGAGGUGCGGCAGGCUUUGGCUGGCGGAGCGGAGGCAGAGCGCAGCCUGCAGCAGAUCCAGGCCCAGCUGGAGGAAAGCAAGGUCAACCUGGAGGAACUCCGCUGCGAGCUGCUCAGCCAGCAGGAGCACAGCGAGCGCGCCCUCCGGGAGAAAGUGUCUGAGCUCGAGGACUGCUGUGCUGAGAAGCUGAGAGAGAUGGAGGUUCAAGUCAAUACUGCAAAGAGAGAGCACACCAAAGCAGUUAUGACUUUGCGGCAGUUUGAGAGAGACGCAGCAAGGAAAGAGGACAGAAUGAGAGAGACCCAAACACAGAAAAAGAGGGAUAUCCCGAUUAAACAACCCCUGCUGUUCCAGGCCACCGUCGCUGCAGAGAGACGUUUGACAAGUGAGUGUGCAAGAGCUCAGACAGCAGCUAGACAAAACUCUUCCACUGCCAGAGAACAUCGAAAACCCCCCUCAGAGAGGAGUCAUUGUGUGUUACCUGCAGACGGGAGACUGCUGUCUGUUUUGGAGGAGCUCCAUUCUCUCAGUGCGGCUGUGGUAAACAGCUCUGAGGACUCGGCGGAGGAGGAGGGACAGAAUGACAACGUGGGACCAUCAACAGGCCGCACAGCUGAUACGUGAUGAUGAAUCACUGGAAUGAACGUACCUUACAUCUGUUUGAGCCAAGCAUCAGAUAAACCACGCAUGUCAUUUUGCUCGUGGGUGUACGAGAGUGAGCGGUUUAGUGUAGACACAGUUUGCUAGAAUUGAACGCAGAUUCAAAUUAAAGUUUCUUCAAAUAUUUUUUCCAGGAUAAAUAUUGACUCAAUUCAGUGCUAAUUUUCAGUAGCAAGGUACCGUUUGUCAUCUGAAUGUAACAUGUAGACAAUUUGGAAGCCCACAAUUUCCUGCUGAAGAAAUCAAUACUUUUCUAGGGCAGUUUUUGCAUGAUGCAGAAAUUGUUGGAUGGAUGAUAAACAUUACGAUGAGCCGGAUAAUUGUGCUAUUUGUCAUUUUGUCAUGUGUGCUAAUAAAUUUUGCAAUACUUGAAAGUUUCGAGCCUCCAGGUCAAACAGCUCACAGAACCGAGGGAGAGCAGAGAGAAAAUGGAGUAGGAAAGUCUGUACUUUAUUAGUAUUUUCAAGGAGCAUAAAAAAAAAUUGUAGCUCAUUCCUGGAGAGGUGAUUCAUCAUGUCAAGGAGAGGAUGAAUGCGUCAAAUUAGAUUUUUAAAGAGAAUCAUUGGAUCGUAGCAGUGCACUCUCUUAUAGCUGCUGCUUAAGAGGUUGCAGUACAGCAUCCUUCAUAUUGUAUAUUACGCCUCUGAUGCAAUCAGACUUAUGUAUGAUCUCAACUUAAAUGCAUCAUGGAAGCUCGUAAGAAAUGGGCCAUCAAAUAUUCCAUUUAACCAUUGCAGUCUUUGUCUACUUAGGAUCAUGUAUCACUAUAAGAAGUGAUAAGCCAUGUAAAUAAUUGCUAAUCAUUAAAGCAAAUGUUUGUUUAAGGCCUCGUGCUUAAUAACAAAAAAAUGAUGCAACUCAAAUAAUGUGCUGUUGAUUACCAGCAGAGGGCAAUGUUGUCAAAGGUGAGGGCAGAUUGUGCAGUAAUUUCGAGCAUUGUUUUUCAUCAGAAUAUAAUUUGAGAAGUACUACAUGAUUUAUUUUGCUUAUACAGGUGUUUGUUGCCUGUAACCAAGGCGGUAACCGUCUAUGUGCUCAUGUAGUGAAACAUAACUGAUACUACGAAGACACAAAAUGACUUCAUAGAGUCAGUAAACACAACACUACAAAGAGACAAAAUCAACUUCAGGUCAGAACCCCCAUAAGUCAGCCGGCCCACGCGCCCCCUCCUCCCUGAAGCAUUGUGCCGAUCAGCUUGACUCCCCAGGGGAAGAGUCACGAAGCCGCCUGCUUCAAGGCCUCCAACAUCGACCCUGUCUCAAAGACCAGGGAUCACAGGACUGCCCCCACCUGUUUUUACCAUUCAACAGCCCAACACAGCUUUUCUCUCUUAACAUAACUUAACGUUAAUUUCACUGCAAUAAUAUACCAUG